AUGGCCCAGGCUGGCCUCCAUGUCAUCUAUGACAGCGCAUCCAGUGAUCCUCCCUGCGAGGCGGAGCUGGAUAUCGUUGCUGUCCAUGGUCUCAACUUCAAGAACAGCAACAACCAUGCCCGAAAGACAUGGACAAUGAAUGACAAGCUCUGGCUGAAAGACUUCCUCCCGGUCGCCCUUCUUCCAAAACAUGCUCGGGUGAUGCUCUUCGAGUACAACUCGAGCCCUGCCAUUGGUGCAACGGCUAUCAAGCUGUCUGGCCACGCGAACAACUUGUUGCAAUGGCUCAAACUGAAGCGGAAGACACUCGUGGCGGCCACAUUAGACGUCACAUACAAAUCUAUGGUUGAGGCAGCCUGUCUUCUCGUUUUCUUUGCUACGCCGCACCAGGGCGGGAAUUAUGCCAAUCUUGGUAAUAUUGUGGCCAAGAUAGUUAGAACGGGCAUGUCCAAGCCAAAGAAUGAUCUUCUGGAAGCCUUGAAGGCAAACUCGGACCAAGCGAUGCAAAGAUUUGAACAGGCUCGCCAUUUGCCCGAGAGGUGUCUUGUCGUCAACUUCUAUGAAGGAGAUCCGUAUGGCAAGAUAGGUCUUAUCGUCGACAAAAAGUCUGCUACAUUGAAUCUUCCGGGCACACGUGAGAAGCAGAUAGCCAUACACGCUGAUCAUAGCACUAUUUGCAAAUUUGAUUCUCCCGACAGCCUGGCGUGUGAACUAGUUUUGGGGACCAUCGCUGACGAGGUUGAACGAGCCCUGGCAAUGAGUAGAUCUGCCACUCCUCUUGUGCCGAGUUAUCCUUUGAGCUCAAUGACACCAGUCAAGACAUUUGUUCAGCGACCCUUGCUUCGUGAUAGCAUCAGAAAUCAGUUCACGAAACCCCUGGAAGCCGAUAAACAAGGGGAAGUAAGGACGGUGGGAGUAUGGGGUAUGGGCGGAGCAGGAAAAUCACAGAUAGCUCUCAGCUACGUACAGCGUUAUCGAACCGAGUAUAAUGCUACGUUCUGGAUCCAGGCAGACCACACGGCCUCUGUCGACCGAGAUUUUCUAGCUAUUUACCGGCUGCUAGUAGAUACUACACAGCCACUAUCCGAUCCGAAACCUGAAGAUGUGAAGCGAGAAGUGCUCGGCUGGUUUGCUAGAGCAUCUGAAAAAUAUCUCGUCAUCUUUGAUGGUGCUGAUUCUUUGCAUCAGACAGAUGAAGACUUUGUGGAUUUGUCUCAAUACUGCCCAGGAUCCUCCAACACGCACAUUAUUAUCACAAGUCGAUCAUCCAUCGCAAAAUCUAGAUCGACGUUCGAAGGGGUUUCUGUUGAAGAGCUUGAAGAGGCGCAGAGUGUUGAGCUCUUCCUCGCUUGCGCGGAGAUACAGCCAGAGCGAGAGGAUGUGUUGGCCGAAACCAAACUCAUCGUGCAUGAGCUGGGUUACCUUGCCCUUGCAGUCAGCAUGGCAGGAAGCGUUAUGACAGUGUGGGAGACGUCUUACGAUGCGGUGUCUAAGCAACUUCCUGAGGCAGGCCGACUUAUGACGUUGUUGUGUUUUAUCCAUUAUGAUGACAUCUUCCUCGAGCUAUUUGGCCUAGAUAGGGAUCCGGGCUCAACAGCAGUUGCACCAUGGAUGUCGGCCUUAGGGUGUCAAACAAGGGUUGACGUCCACCAGUUAGAGAAAUGUUUUUGGGUUCUGGAAAAGUAUUCACUCUGCCAGCGCAAGAAGAUGAAAACCUCAUACUCCAUUCAUCGCCUUGUUCAUGCCUGGGGCUACGAUCGACUAAAAAGCGACAAGGACGAAGUGGAACGUUUGUGGUAUGCAGCGUCACAGCUCCUGGACGACUACAUAAAGACUAGUAGUGAUCGCCAGGAUGGACCUGUGACGAAGCUACGAGUUGUGCCGCAUUUGACAGACAACAUACACAGCUUCAAGAAUAUCUCGAGAAUUAAUGACUGGAACAAAGUCGAUUGGCUUGAAGCUGUAGAAAGAUUUGGCUUUUUCUUUGCAAAAGUCGGGCGCUGGAAUGACGCUGCAAUAUCACGAAGGGAGGUGCUUAAGAAGAGGCAGCGGAUUCUCGGGGAUGAACAUCCCGAUACGAUCUCAGCGAUGAACAAUCUUGCGACUACGCUAAGUGAUCAAGGCAAGCUGGAUGAAGCAGCAUUGAUGCAAAAGGAGGUGCUUAAGAAGAGGCAGCGGAUUCUUAGGGAUGAACAUCCCGAUACGAUCUCAGCGAUGAACAAUCUUGCAAACACGCUCGGUGAUCAAGGCAAGCUGGAUGAAGCAGCAUCGAUGAUGAAAGAGGUGCUUAAGAAGAGGCAACGGAUUCUCGGGGAUAAACAUCCCGAUAUGAUCUCAGCGAUGAACAAUCUUGCGACUACGCUAAGUGAUCAAGGCAAGCUGGAUGAAGCAGCAUCGAUGAUGAAAGAGGUGCUUGAGAAGAGGCAACGGAUUCUCGGGGAUGAACAUCCAGCUACGAUAUCAGCGAUGAGUAACCUUGCGACUACGCUAAGUGAUCAAGGCAAGCUGGAUGAAGCAGCAUCGAUGAAAAAGGAGGUGCUUGAGAAGAGGCAAUGGAUUCUCGGGGAUGAACAUCCCGAUACGAUCUCAGCGAUGAACAAUCUUGCAAACACGCUCGGUGAUCAAGGCAAGCUGGAUGAAGCAGCAUCGAUGAAAAAGGAGGUUCUUGAGAAGAGGCAAUGGAUUCUCGGGGAUGAACAUCCCGAUACGAUCUCAGCGAUGAACAAUCUUGCAAACACGCUCGGUGAUCAAGGCAAGCUAGAUGAAGCAGCAUCGAUGAUGAAAGAGGUGCUUGAGAAGAGGCAACGGAUUCUCGGGGAUGAACAUCCAGCUACGAUCACGGCGAUAAGUAACCUUGCGACUACGCUAAGUGAUCAAGGCAAGCUGGAUGAAGCAGCAUUGAUGAAAAAGGAGGUUCUUGAGAAGAGGCAACGGAUUCUCGGGGAUGAACAUCCCGAUACGAUCUCAGCGAUGAACAAUCUUAUAAACACGCUCGGUGAUCAAGGCAAGCUGGAUGAAGCAGUAUCGAUAAAAAGGGAGGUGCUUAAGAAGAUGCAGCGGAUUCUUGGGGAUGAACAUCCAGCUACGAUCUCAGCGAUGAACAAUCUUGCAAACACGCUCGGUGAUCAAGGCAAGCUAGAUGAAGCAGCAUCGAUGAUGAAAGAGGUGCUUAAGAAGAGGCAGCGGAUUCUCGGGGAUGAACAUCCAGCUACGAUAUCAGCGAUGAACAAUCUUGCGACUACGCUAAGUGAUCAAGGCAAGCUGGAUGAAGCAGCAUCGAUGAUGAAAGAGGUGCUUGAGAAGAGGCAGCGGAUUCUUGGGGAUGAACAUCCAGCUACGAUCACGGCGAUGAGUAACCUUGCAGCUAUGCUAAGGGAUCAAGGCAAGGUGGACGAAGCAAUUGGGCCUCCUGAUGUUUCGACAACCAAGAAACAACCCUUCCUCAAGCGAGUGACUGGGAAGUUGCAAAAGGUUCGAAAUUCAUGUUGA